GUUGACACUUGUCCAUUAUCACUCGCCUUGCCUCCUGGUGCCUUUCGAGGGGUCUCCUCGCCGUCCCCUCGCCGUCCCCUCGCCGUCAAGGCGGGUAGUAGUGGCAUGGAGAAGAGGGGAUCAUGCUCACUCAGCUUAUACUGUAGCUCCGGGUGCGUCCUUGUGAUUUCUCGGGUACGAGUACCGACAAUACCAUUCGAAUGUGGAAUCUCGCAAUUUUCGACCGAGCAUAAACUCAUCAUCGUCAUCGUCGAAGAUCCUCCCCUCAGGUUGUAUUCAAUACCGGUACUCGUACAUGAGUACUCGAAUGGCAUUUAGAAAACAAGCAACAAAACAACCUCGGCUCGGGACGGGAGUUCUUCCGUUUGCAGGUCAAUCAAACUGUCCCAACUUUGGAGGGGAAGCUCUGGAGUCUGGAGCAUGUUUAGAGAAACAUGGCCCUGGAUUGAAGAUCUGAGGUGACAUGACAAGCGAACGUUCAUUGGCAGAAACGCCAAGCGAAGAGACGCAUCUGGAAACGUGAAAAGCGGGAAGAGUGGAGGAGAUAGUAAUAGAGGAGGGGAAGAGAGGGAGCUGGGUGGGAGCUCUGACUGCGAAUUCGAAUGCACGAGUUCGCAAGCUCGCAAUGUUCGAGACUAGAGUAUUUUACGGGUAACGACUCCUAGUUCUCCGUCUUCUUCUGUCUCCAUCCCCAACACCUUCUUGAUUGGAUGAGGUGGCGAAAUGUUUCCAACGAGUUUGUCGUUUGUUUCCAGCAGCUCAGCCUCUUCCCUUGAUGUGUCAGUGUCGCCUAUGCCAUUUUUCCUUGAGAGAAUUCAAAGCGGCCAGUCUUUUCGGAUCGACAAAGAGCCGCAAUUGCCGCUGAAUUCGGCAUUUGCUGGCGGUGGCGGUGGCGGUGGCAGUGGCAGUGGCAGUGGCAGUGUUGAAAGCAGCUGCGAGGGGAUCAUCCAACUUCGAAUCGCAUAUGAAUGACCAUAUCAGUCCUCGAUCGCUACAAAAGAGGCCAACUAUAAAACAUUCGGUGGCACCGCUGCCUUGAACUGGCAAUUCUCACGUGUCUCUGGCAGUCCUCAAGUAAGGUUUGGCUUGCGUAGUCCCCGUACGAACUGCCAGCCACCAAAGGCUGACUGUUCAGAUACUGAGGUGGAGCAGCCGAGAGCACUGAGUGUCUAACAAUAGAUUUCUUAAUAUAUUCACUGCGAUUCCUCUACCUCUGUGAGUAGAUCUGUGAUGUGAUACAAUUCUUGACAACUUCUCGCAAUUAUCAUCUGAAUUCUGUUUCUGUUAUUCAGUGUGUCACCUCUUCCCUGACUCAGAUCUCUCCUUUCUUGCCGUUUGAGGUUGGUUGGGUGAGUUGUUUGAGCCCUUGAGGCUUGAGCUUGGUCUUCAAGGUCUUGGUCCUGCCCUGUCCUGUCCACUCCGUCACCCCCAGCCGCGCUUUCUCGCCUCUCCCGACCUCUCCCAAACGCUCGCUGAACUGAAACUGAUCAACCUCAUCAACCACACUCCUGCAAACAAACAUCCAUCAACCGACACACUCACACAACCACAUACGACUCUUUCGCAUUGGAAUCAAGUACACUCUCUCCUCCACAACCCAAUCCAAAUUCCGCUCAACGCAACAAUGGCCGACUCUCGCGAACCCCAAUAUGAUCCUUAUAUCCCAAGCGGAGGAAAGCCAGCUGCUGGUGCAGGAGGCGCACAAGGUGCUCCCGGCAAUCAAAGAACCGCAGCUCUACAAGCAGUAAGUGACUUCUCUUCCUCUGCGAUGAAAUCACCCAUGGAUACCGCCUUUGAUGAUGUUAUCAACGACGACAUUCUCGAUCACCAGCGCAUUGCGACACGGGCCUUGGCUGUACCUCCGACCGCGCCAAUCUUACUAUUAUCGCAAACCCUCAAUACCUCUCGAAGCCACGAGCGAAUAUACGAGAUACUGCGACAUUUGGAAUGCUAGGGCUGGAUUUUGAAGAUGGCAUGGUCAAGUUCGGAGCUUUCUAUGCUGGCAGUGUCGGAUGGGUGUCAGCCUAGUUACCACGUCAUGUUCAAUCCACCAUGCCACAGAAAUCACUUCAGAGGAGAAACCCGAGCGAAUAUUUCAACGACAGGAUUGACAACUGCUGUUCCCUUGGCCUUGUGCAAAUUAUCAAGUUCAAGCAUACCUCAACCUAGCAACUGAUCCCGACUGACUACCUGGAACACUGGCCCAUCAAUUGGAACAACUCAACAUUGUAUAUGCGAUUGCUAACUCAGGGUUUCUAGCAAAUCGACGACACAGUUGGUGUAAUGCGCGAGAACAUCAACAAGGUUUCACAGCGUGGCGAGCGUCUUGAUUCCCUCCAAGAUAAGACCGACAACUUGGCUGUAUCCGCUCAAGGAUUCCGACGAGGCGCCAACAGAGUCAGAAAGUAAGUAGACUUGAUUACUCGUCUUGGGAUUGGUAUUUUGAGGACUCUCGGAAUACCAAAGAACGACGCGCAUCAUCUGAUUUUGGGCAAAUUGCUAACUGUUUCAAAGACAAAUGUGGUGGAAGGAUAUGAAGAUGAGAAUGUGCCUGAUCGCUGGUAUCGUCAUCUUGCUUGUCAUCAUUAUCGUUCCAGCUGGUAAGUUAAACCUUUCCUGCUUUAGUCCUAUGGAAAGUACUAACACUCGUCUAGUCGUUGCCACCAGACCCAAAUAGAUUCGUGAUGAUUAUUGAAUCGACGCGGUUACUGGAGGAAAAUGAUUUCGAGCUUUUUACAUAUGAAGUGAGGGCAUUGGGAUUUUUCUUGAUCCUUUCUGCAUGCGGCACUCGCUGGCUACGAGAAAACUCGAUCAACGAAUGGUUAGCACAUGGAGUUCUUUUUUUGAGAUUUUUUAACGUUGGUUUCUCGAGGGCUUCACUUUACCAUUGGGGUUGGGAGGGACUUUCGGGCUCUGUCACUUGAGAUUGGAAGUGGCAUCCUAUUCAAUGGGAUUUGUAUCAUGUAGGAUUUGAGCGACGGUAUAAUGGACAUUGAUGACAUGAGCUUAUUUCGCUUGAUGCUAUGUGUAUGUUCGC